GUCCUCUUGUCCCUACAGAGCUUGAAACCUUGCGCGAUCCUGGGUCGCUGCUACAGCUGCGUACCCUUUGUGUUGCUCCUGUCACUCAAGUCGCUGCUAAGGACCAGACACUAUGACGACCAAGACCAACCCUGAGGAAUGGAACCAACCAUACACCGAGCCAGACCGAAACGCUUACUCCGCGUACCAGCGAGAAGUCUACUCUUCUCUCCGCGCUCCCAUCUUCUCCACCAAACCGCUAGAAUGGGAAGCUCUGGCGCGGUCCAAAGUGCCUGCCCCGAACUUCGGCUAUGUCUACGGAUCCGCGAGCAGCGGGAAGACCCAUGAGGCCAAUCUUGCAGCCUUUGACAGAUAUCGUCUCCGACCGAGCAUGCUGGUCAAUGCCACCCGCCGAGACAUGAGUAUCGACCUGUUUGGCACUAAGUACACGAGCCCACUCCUUGUGGCGCCGGUAGGCGUGCAGAACAUCAUGCAUCGCGAUGCCGAAGAGGCCACGGCCAAAGCAUGUCGCAACGUCGGCGUACCCAUGAUCCUGUCCUCUGCUGCGACCACGACGAUCGAGAAAGUUGCCGCAGCGAAUGGCAACGGCGACCGCUGGUACCAGCUAUACUGGCCGAGACCGCAGUGGGAGGAUGUCACCGUCAGUCUGCUCAAACGGGCCCAGGCAAAUGGAUAUAAAGUCCUCGUCGUGACGUUGGAUACGUUCAAUCUCGCUUGGAGGCCGACUGAUCUGGACACGGCAUAUCUACCGUUCAUCUGGGGCGAUGGGUGCCAGAUCGGACAUUCCGAUCCCGUCUUCACCCGGCGAUACGAAGAGAUACAACAGCAGGAUACACGAAGCUACGGCGAGAAACUGGCCGAGCUGUGGACCAUGCUCAAGCGGCCUGGAUCCGCAUAUGGCGCCGUCCGUGUUCUGACCAACAUCCACGUUCUACAGAGGUCGCGGGCGUGGCUCGAUGUGUUGAAUUCCGGAACGUAUCGUGAAUGGAAACAUCUCGAGAUCUUGAAGAAGCUAUGGGACGGGCCUAUCGUCCUCAAGGGCAUUCAGACGGUCGGGGAUGCUCAUAAGGCUAUCGAAUAUGGCAUGGACGGUAUCAUCGUCUCCAACCACGGUGGCCGACAGUGUGACGGGGCUAUAGCCUCGCUCGAUGCUCUGGCCGAGAUCGCUGCAGAUGAGACGGUCCAGAGGUCGAAUUUGACAUUGCUCUUCGACAGUGGUGUCCGCACAGGCAGCGACGCACUAAAGGCGCUUGCUCUGGGUGCCAAGGCAGUAUGCAUCGGACGCCCUUACAUGUACGGUUUAGCUAUCCGAGGACAAGAAGGCGUCGAGCAUGUUCUCAAGUGUUUGUUAGCGGACACCGACAACAUGCUCGGCAAUAUGGGCAAGAAGAGUCUCCGGGAUCUGAGCAGGCAUGACCUACAGAUUCGCUCAGAGUCGAAACUCUAGAGACAGUGGGAAAGGUGGUCACCGGACUAGGAGAAUAUACUUAUUAGUCUAUGUACACCAAAAG